GUAAUUUGCCCCGCUCCGGCCGGCCGGCCACUUCGGCUUGGUCCUUUUCGCCGUAGAUAUAUUUACGAAUUCACACAAAAUGCAACUCGUCACAGUAGUCGUUGCUGCUCUCGCCGCGGGCCGCGUCACGUGGGCCAUGCCUACCACCACCCCUGAUACCAACCCAAAGAUGCUCACGGCCCGCGCCACCUUUUGCAAGAAGGUGGACCCGCCUCCGUCAGAAGAGGAGACGGCAAUGAGGUUCACCAAGUUUGCAGAUGCCUUCAUCGUCAGGAAGGAUAUCGAUGCUGCAUUCAGCUACAUUGCGCCCGAGUACAUUAACCACAACCCCACCGCCAAAGAUGGCGCCCAGUUCGCCUACGACCUCCUCAAGCCCUUCUGGGCAAGCCAGCAAAUCACCGUACUCGGCACGUUAUACAGACACCCCCAGGGAUGGCUCAACUACCGCUCCGCCUUUGGCACCAUCGUAGACCGGUACAGGUGGGAGGGUGGAUGUAUUGUCGAGCACUGGGAUUCAGGAGAGCAAAUGCCCAGCAAUGUGACGUCCACGAAUCCUUGAGAUUGGCGACGAGUGACGAGUGACGACUAACUGGUGUCUCUGGGACAAUCGCCCCAUUUAUGAAUUUCUUUUGUAUAUACCCAUCGCUUCAG